AUGCCAUCCAACGAAUCCCUUUCCAGUGAGACUAUCAAUAUAAACCCCGGUCAAUAUGCUUUCAAGGAGCGCAACCUCCGAGUCAUCUGCAUCGGCGCAGGUAUAUCUGGCAUAAUUCUUGCACAUAAACUGAAACAUGAGCAUCCACUUGAUUUUGUGAAUUUCACGAUCUACGAAAAGAAUAGCGAGGUUGGAGGCUCAUGGUUUGAGAAUGUCUACCCUGGUGUUGGAUGCGAUGUCCCCGCCCACAGCUAUGUCUUACCAUUCGAGCCCAAUCCGAACUGGUCCAAAUGCUACGCUGGUGGUGACGAAAUUGAGAAAUACAUUGUUGAUACGGUAGAUAAAUAUGGAUUGAGAGAUCCGAUUGUGUUUGAUACCAAGCUCGUGAAGUCCAUUUGGAAUGAGGAGCGUGGCAAAUGGGCACUCGAGCUCAACCAGAAUGGCACGAUAAUCCAUGAUGAAGCCGAGGUUCUUAUCAAUGGUUCUGGUAUUCUCAACCAAUGGAAGAUGCCGGAGAUCGCCGGUUUGGAGACGUUUGCUGGGAAGCUUGCCCACACGGCUGCUUGGGACAAAACGUACGAUUGGUCCAACAAGAAAAUAGCAGUCAUUGGCAAUGGCUCAUCUGGUAUCCAAGUUGUUCCUGCACUCCAACCCAAGGCCGCAAAGAUCGUCAAUUACAUUCGCCACCCGACCUGGGUGUCGGUCAAUCUCUGCCCGGAUAUUACAAAGGAUGGAAUGGGAACGAACUUUGAAUAUAGCGAGGAAGAGAAAGCCAAGUUCCGAGAUGAUCCCCAAGCAUUCCUGGAGUACAGGAAACGGGUUGACUGCUCUGUUAACACCGUCUAUCGCCUGAUGUUAUCUGGCUCUGAGCAUAACCAAAUGCUAUUUGAUGCCAUUUCAGGAACUAUGCGCCAGCGUCUCAGUGAUAAUCCAGACCUGAUCGACAAACUUAUCCCCGAGUUCGAAAUUGGAUGUCGCAGAUUGAGUCCUGGUGAUGGGUAUCUCGAAGCGCUACAGCAACCAAAUGCUGAAUGGUGCUUUGAAGGUAUUGAGGAAAUUACCAAGACCGGUAUUCGCACGGCAGCGGGUGAAGAGGAGUUUGACUUGAUUGUCUGUGCGACUGGGUUUGAUACUACCUUCGUUCCCGGGUGGGAGCUUGUUGCUCGGGAAGGUCGACGGCUUGAUGUGGAGUGGAAGAAGGUACCUGAGGCAUACUUCUCUAUUUGCGCCGGUGGAAUACCAAACUACUUCAUGUUUAAUGGGCCCAAUUGUCCCAUUGGCCAUGGCAGCGUGCCCCAGAUGAUCAGUUGGACUGCUGAUUACAUACUGAAAUGGUUGAAGAAGAUAGCUCGGGAGGAUAUCAAGUCCGUAGCAGUAAAGGAUUCCGCUGUUCGAAACUACAACCGUCGUGCGCAAGCAAGUCUAAAGCGUACUGUGUGGAGCAAGGGCUGCCAUGCUUGGUAUAACAACGGUCAAGCUGUUACGGCGAUGUACCCAGGUAAGGCUAUCGAGGAUAUUCGGGGUGAGGACUUCGAUAUCCGGUACAACAACAGCUCGGAUCCGUUCUCGUAUCUCGGAAAUGGAGAACUAGAGUGGGAGAGAGAAGAUGGGGCGGACUUGGCAUUCUAUUUGAAAUAG